AACACAAAACUACAUCACCGUCGAGUACGGAGUAGUAGAUUAUUAUACCUUGCAUCGUGGUGCUACUUGCUACUGCUGUUGCAUUUGCUGACUUCAACAAUCCUCCCGCUCCUACUCUUCCUACUCUUCCUCCUCUCUUCUGCCAACAACACGAGAAAACCUGACCUGUCCAUUCCUUACCUCUUCCUACCUUCCUACCUUACCAAAAGACUUUCUCCUGGGUCUGUGUUUGGGCGAGUUGUGGUUUCAUUGAUUGGCGUGUUUUUCCAGAUUCUCCUUUUCCCUCACACCCUCCUCAAAACCAUAUCGACACCGACGCGAGACUCGGUCCCCCUCUCGAGUUGCAUGAGAUAGUUUCUUCCCUAUAAUCAUGGCUCCCAGCACCAAUGCUGUCAAUGGGGUCAACGGCACCUCAGCUCGCCGCUCCACGCUGGUCAAUGGCACACCCAGCGAGUGGCAGUCGAAGCACAAGCUUGCACCACAUUUCAUCGGUGGAAACAGAUUAGAAAAAGCUGCUCCGAGCAAAGUAAAAGACUUUGUACAAGCUCAAGAUGGGCAUUCAGUCAUUACUUCAGUGCUCAUCGCGAACAACGGUAUUGCAGCGGUCAAAGAGAUCCGUUCAGUACGAAAAUGGGCCUACGAGACAUUCGGCGACGAGCGGGCCAUCCAGUUCACCGUGAUGGCCACGCCCGAAGAUUUGCAGGCGAACGCAGACUACAUCCGUAUGGCGGAUCAAUAUGUCGAAGUCCCUGGAGGCACGAAUAACAACAACUAUGCCAACGUAGAACUGAUUGUCGACGUUGCCGAGAGAAUGAACGUCCACGCAGUCUGGGCUGGCUGGGGUCACGCCUCCGAAAACCCCAAGUUGCCAGAAUCGCUGGCAGCCUCACCAAAGAAGAUCAUCUUCAUCGGCCCACCUGGUUCCGCCAUGCGGUCGCUCGGUGACAAGAUCUCCUCCACAAUCGUCGCACAGCACGCACAAGUACCCUGUAUUCCUUGGUCAGGAGAAGGGGUCGACGAGGUGGAAAUUGACAGCGAAGGAAUCGUCACCGUUCACGAUAAUAUCUAUGACAAGGGCUGUGUACAUUCACCCGAAGAGGGUCUGGAAGCUGCAAAGAAGAUCGGUUUCCCGGUCAUGGUGAAAGCCUCCGAAGGUGGUGGUGGCAAAGGUAUCCGAAAAGUCGAGAACGAAGCCGAGUUCACCAGUCUCUACAACGCCGCGGCGAGCGAAAUUCCCGGUUCUCCCAUCUUCAUCAUGAAGCUUGCAGGCAAUGCCCGGCAUUUGGAGGUGCAGUUGCUGGCCGAUCAGUACGGAAAUAACAUUUCCCUGUUUGGCAGAGAUUGUUCCGUCCAGCGAAGGCACCAGAAAAUCAUUGAAGAGGCCCCUGUCACGAUCGCAAACCCAGACACCUUCCACUCCAUGGAAGAUGCCGCCGUCCGACUGGGUGAAUUGGUCGGCUAUGUAUCGGCUGGUACUGUGGAAUAUCUCUAUUCUCAUGCAGACGACAAAUUCUACUUUUUGGAGUUGAACCCCCGUCUCCAGGUGGAACAUCCCACCACCGAAAUGGUCAGCGGUGUCAACUUGCCAGCUGCCCAGCUUCAAAUCGCCAUGGGUAUUCCUCUCCACCGCAUCCGUGACAUUCGCUUGUUGUACGGCGUAGACCCCCAUACCGCGACCGAGAUCGAUUUCCAUUUCAAGGACCCGGCCAGCAUGAAGACUCAGCGUCGUCCCAGACCAAAGGGCCACACCACUGCUUGCCGUAUCACGUCCGAAGAUCCUGGCGAGGGUUUCAAGCCAUCCAGCGGUACCAUGCACGAUCUCAAUUUCCGUUCGAGCUCGAACGUCUGGGGUUACUUUUCCGUGUCCUCGGCUUCCAGUAUCCACAGUUUCUCUGACAGUCAGUUUGGUCAUAUCUUCGCCUACGGCGAAAACCGACAGGCUUCCAGAAAACACAUGGUCGUUGCCUUGAAGGAAUUGAGCAUUCGUGGUGAUUUCCGAACCACCAUUGAAUAUUUGAUCAAGCUCUUGGAAACUCCUGCCUUUGAAGACAAUACCAUCACCACUGGCUGGCUGGAUCAGUUGAUCUCCAACAAACUGACUGCUGAGCGACCUGACCCAAUGCUCGCCGUGCUUGCCGGUGCGCUGACGAAAGCCCACCUGGCAAGCGAAGCCUGCAUUUCCGAGUACCGCAAGGGUCUGGAGAAGGGUCAAGUGCCUUCGAAGGAUGUUCUCAAGACGGUUUUCCCCGUGGAAUUCAUCUAUGAGGGCCAGCGAUACAAAUUCACCGCCACCAGAGCAAGUCUCGACAGCUACCAUAUCUUCAUCAACGGUUCGAAGUGCCUAGUCGGUGUCCGAACACUGGCCGACGGUGGUCUGUUGAUGCUUGUUGCAGGAAGAUCUCACAGUCUGUAUUGGAAGGAAGAGGCGACUGCCAUUCGCCUGAGCGUUGACAGCAAGACUUGCUUGCUGGAACAAGAAAAUGACCCUACUCAGCUCCGAACACCGUCUCCUGGUAAGCUUGUCAAGUACACCGUCGAGAACGGUGAACAUGUCAAGGCUGGUCAAGCCUUUGCGGAAGUCGAAGUCAUGAAAAUGUACAUGCCUCUAAUUGCACAGGAGGAUGGUGUGGUUCAAUUCCUCAAGCAGCCCGGUGCAACUCUUGAGGCUGGUGACAUCCUGGGUAUCUUGGCUCUGGAUGAUCCUUCCAGAGUCAAGACAGCCGAGACCUUCACUGGCAAGCUUCCAGACCUAGGGCCGCCUCAGGUUGUCGGAAACAAGCCCCCUCAACGAUUCGCCCUCCUCAUCGGUAUCUUGCAGAACAUCCUGCUGGGCUUUGACAACCAGGUCAUCAUGGCCUCUACCUUGAAGGAGCUCGUCUCCGUCCUUCGAGAUCCUGAACUGCCAUAUGGCGAAUGGUCAGCCAGAUCUUCUGCCUUGCACUCGCGUACUCCACAACGGUUGGACGCUCAGCUCUCUCAGAUCGUUGAACGUGCACAUGCCAGACAUGCCGAGUUCCCAGCUAAGCAGCUCCAGAAGGCCAUCAACCGUUUCAUCGAGGAGAACAUGUCCAAGAACGAUGGCGUUACGCUCCACGCCACUUUGGCACCUUUGGAGGAGGUCAUCUCCCAAUACUCUGAAGGCCUGAAGGUUCAUGAGUUCUCGGUUUUCACGGGGUUGCUCGAUCAGUACUAUGAAGUCGAGAAACUCUUUGCUUCAGGGUCCCACAGAGACGAGGAUGUCAUUCUCAAGCUGAGAGAAGAGAACAAAGAUGAUAUUCUCUCUGUCUGCUACACUGUCCUGUCACACACCCGUGUGUCUGCGAAGAACAAUUUGAUUGUCUCCAUCCUGGAGAUGUACCGACCUGACCAGCCCAAUGUUGGCAAUGUCGGAAAGUACUUCAAGACUUCUCUGCGUCGUCUCACAGAGCUCGAGUCCCGAGCAACUGCCAAGGUUACUCUGAAGGCUCGUGAAUUGCUCAUCCUAUGUGCCAUGCCUUCUUUGGAAGAGAGAGUGUCCCAAAUGGAGCAUAUCCUCAAGUCUUCAGUUGUCGAAUCCAAAUAUGGUGAGACUGGUUGGGAACACCGGGAGCCCGACCUGGAGAUCUUGAAGGAAGUGGUUGACUCUCGUUACACCGUCUUCGAUGUCAUUCCUCUGUUCUUUGCCCAUCAUGAUCCAUGGGUUGGACUCGCGGCUCUCGAAGUGUACAUCCGACGUGCCUACCGUGCGUACACUGUGCGAGAAGUCGAGUACCACAACGAUGUUGAACCACCUUUCUACAUGUCAUGGGAUUUUGUCCUCCGCAAGGUUGGGCAAUCCGAGUUUGGUCUUCCAUUGGCCUCUUCCUAUCCAUCAGGACAGGCCACGCCGUCCCAGCAGGGCAGCCCGUUCAAGCGCAUCACUUCUGUGAGCGAUCUGUCAUACCUGAACAAAUUGCAAUCUGAAGACGAACCCACACGGAAGGGUGUUAUCGCUCCAUGUCACUACCUGGACGAGGUCGAUGAGUGCCUGGCCCGCGCAUUGGAGGUUUUCCCUAAGGGAACCAAGGAGAAGCGUCCUAGUCCUAAUCAACAACAUCUCAUGCCAACGCUCGACAGUGUUCGCAAACCUCAACCAAAGCUUGAGAGUGUCGAUGAUGACUUGACCAAUGUCUGCAACAUUGCCAUCCGCGACACUGAAAAUCUCCCCGACGCCGAGAUUCUCAGCCGCGUUCAGAGCUUGGUCGCAGAAAACAAGGCCGAACUCCUUGCUCGUAACGUUCGUCGCGUCACUUUCAUCUGCGGCCACAAGGAUGGAUCAUACCCGGGGUACUUCACUUUUCGUGGAGCCAACUACGAAGAAGAUGUGACCAUUCGGCACAAUGAACCUGCUCUUGCUUUCCAGCUUGAGCUCGGAAGGUUGUCCAAGUUCAAGAUCAAGCCUGUCUUCACACAAAACCGAAACAUCCACAUCUACGAGGCUAUUGGCAAGGGCGAGGACAGAGACAAGGUCGUGGACAAACGUUACUUCGUUCGUGCGGUCGUGCGUCCAGGUCGCCUGAAGGAUGAAAUCCCAACUGCAGAAUACUUGAUCACUGAGACCGAUCGUCUCGUCAACGAUAUCUGCGACGCUCUUGAGAUCAUUGGCAACAACAACUCCGAUCUUAACCACAUCUUCAUCAACUUCUCGCCCGUCUUCAACCUACAGCCAAGAGAUGUCGAAGAAAGGAUCGCUGGCUUCUUGGAACGUUCUGCCAGAAGAUUCCUACGACUUCGUAUCACUGGAGCAGAGAUCCGAAUUCUCUGUACGGACCCUGAGACUGGAAUGCCAUAUCCCCUCCGCGUGUUCAUCAGCAAUACCUCCGGUUAUGUGGUCAAUGUUGAAAGCUACGUCGAGAAGAAGUCUCGCUCUGGCGAAUGGGUAUUCGAAAGCAUCGGCGGUACGACUAAAGUUGGCUCCAUGCAUCUUCGGUCCGUAUCAACUCCUUAUGCCUCAAAGGAGUGGUUGCAACCCAAGCGUUACAAGGCUCAUCUUAUGGGCACUCAGUAUGUUUACGACUUCCCUGAGUUGUUCAGACAAGCAAUUGCAAACAGCUGGACAAAGGCCAUCGGCAAGCAUGCCCCUAUGGCCGAUUCCAGACCUGAAGUUGGCCACUGCCUUGACUACAACGAGUUGAUCCUUGAUGACAGCGACAACAUCACCGAAGUCUCUCGCGAGCCAGGUACCAAUAAUUGUGGUAUGGUUGCGUGGGUGGUGACAGCCAAGACUCCCGAAUACCCUCGAGGCCGGAAAUUCGUCAUCAUCGCCAACGACAUCACCUUCCAGAUUGGUUCAUUUGGUCCUACUGAAGACAAGUUCUUCAACCAAUGCACGGAAUACGCCCGAAAGCUUGGCAUUCCUCGCAUUUACUUGUCUGCCAACUCCGGUGCUCGCAUUGGCAUGGCUGAUGAGCUCAUCCCACAUUUCUCUGUUGCUUGGAACGAUGAAGGCAAGCCGGAGUCUGGCUUCAAGUACCUCUACCUUACUCCCGAGAAGAGGAAGCAGCUCACGGAGAAGGAAGUCAUCACCGAGGAAAUCCAGGAGGACGGAGAGACCCGACACAAGAUCACUACCAUUGUCGGUAACAAAGAUGGUCUGGGUGUUGAAUGUCUGCGUGGUUCUGGUCUCAUUGCUGGUGCUACCUCCAAAGCUUAUGAGGACAUCUUCACGAUUACCCUCGUCACCUGUCGAUCUGUUGGUAUUGGUGCUUACCUCGUCCGCUUGGGUCAGCGAGCAAUUCAAAUCGAGGGCCAGCCAAUCAUCCUCACCGGUGCUCCUGCGCUCAAUAAGGUGUUGGGUAAGGAGGUUUACACUUCCAACCUGCAACUUGGUGGCACCCAGAUCAUGUACAGAAACGGUGUGUCCCACAUGACUGCCAGCGAUGACUUCCAAGGUGUGGAAAAGAUCGUGGAAUGGAUGUCUUUCAUUCCCGACAAGAAGGGGCAACCAGUGCCAGUUGGUAUUGCCGCUGACACUUGGGAUCGUGAAAUCAGCUUCUAUCCACCUCGUGGACCAUAUGAUGUGCGACAUCUCAUUGCUGGUAAGGCGGAUGACGAAGGCUUCGUGUCUGGUCUCUUCGACAAGGACUCUUUCCAGGAGGCUCUUGGCGGCUGGGCGAAGACUGUUGUGGUCGGUCGUGCUCGCCUAGGUGGCAUCCCAAUGGGUGUCAUUGCAGUAGAGACGCGCACUGUCGAGAACGUCAUCCCUGCUGAUCCUGCCAACGCCGAUUCAAUGGAACAAGUUGUGCAGGAACCGGGUGGUGUGUGGUUCCCCAACUCGGCUUUCAAGACCGCACAAGCCCUCAAGGAUUUCAACUACGGUGAACAGCUUCCAGUCAUGAUCUUGGCCAAUUGGCGUGGUUUCUCUGGUGGUCAACGAGAUAUGUUCAACGAAGUCCUGAAAUAUGGUUCGUAUAUUGUUGACGGCCUCGUCAAGUACGAGCAGCCGGUGUUCGUCUACAUUCCUCCAUUUGGCGAACUCCGUGGUGGUUCUUGGGUCGUCGUUGACCCUACCAUCAACCCCGAACAGAUGGAAAUGUAUGCUGACGAAGAGUCUCGUGGUGGUGUCCUGGAGCCCGAGGGUAUCGUUGGUAUCAAGUAUCGACGUGAGAAGCAACUCGAGACCAUGGCCCGUCUUGAUCCCACCUACGGGCAGCUCAAGGCUCAGUCUCUUGCUAAGGACUUGACAUCUGAGCAAUUGAACGAGAUCAAGGUCAAGAUGGCGGAACGCGAGCAACUGCUUGGACCUAUUUACCAGCAAAUCGCCCUUCAAUUCGCCGACCUUCACGAUCGUGCUGGACGUAUGGAAGCCAAGGGUACCAUUCGUAUGCCACUCAAGUGGCAGAACGCUCGAAGAUUCUUCUACUGGCGUCUCCGAAGAAGAUUGUCCGAAGAGGUUUUGCUCAAGAAAUUGAAUGCCAGUUUGGCGGCUGGUGGUGUUGUGCCCACUACUCCCAACGCCAUGGCACAAAAGGAGAGCAACCUUGCCAUGCUUAAGAACUGGUCUGGCCUGCUCGAUGCCGAAUUCGAAAAGGACGAUCGUAAGGUUGCCGAGUGGUACGAGAGCCACCGAAAGGAGGUCUAUGCAAAGAUCGAUGCUGUCAAGAGUGAAGCCAUCAGCAAAAAGGUGUCUGAGUUGCUGAUGGGCAACAAGGAAGGUGGUUUGAAGGGUGUGCGUGAGGUUUUGAGCCUUGUGCCUACAAGUGAGAGGGAACAACUUGUCAAGUAUCUGACCGGGUCUUGAACAAAAUCCCAGGACCAUGAAGUGUGAUCUGAUUGGAUGUUGAUUUGACCAUGAUAGCGGGUUUUGUUUCUUGUUGUUCAACAAGGUCAGCGGCGAGCUACCGGUAGGCAAGCAGACCCUUGUUUAAAUCAAGACGGGAUGGGAAAGAGGUGAUUCUUUCGGCUGUUGAGGACUGAUUGAUUUAUCGGCGUUUGUUUGCACUUGAUUGAGAGUUUGUGAUUGGUUGAGUUAUAUACUAUUCUCCAGAUAAGUACUGUAAAGAAAAAGUAAAAUGGAGAUUAUACCCCCCGA